AUGGCAGACAUUAUGAGCGCGUCAGUGCCCGUCGGCUCCAUCAUCUUCUCCGUAUUCGCCCUCCUCAUCAUCUCCGUCGCCGUCCUCCUGAUCCUGCGCCACUACCUCCCGCUGCGCACCACGCCCGCCUUCUACCUCGUACCCAUCUUCUUCGCGCUAUGGCUACCCCUCGUCGCCAUCAUAUUGGUCCCCAUAGACCUGGCGACGAGCGCCGCCACUGAUGACGAGGCGACGCGCGGGAUCUGGCUCCCGCAAAGGGUGGUCCUGGUCUCCUGGCGCAUCACAUACUGGCUUACCUUUGUCCUAACAUGGUUCAUACUCCCCAUCCUUGCCGAAUAUUCCGACGCCGGAUACCGCGAGCCCAACGACAAGCUGCGAUACUCGUUGCGCCAAAAUGCCCAAUUUUACGCCAUCGUCGCUGCGGCAAGCAUCGUGGGCCUCGUCUACGUCGCAAUCGCAUACCGCCUCACAUUCGAUUUGCUGAAAGGUCUCGUCAUGGCGCUUGCGUAUUGCUGGGGCUUAUUCCUCGCCAUCUAUCUCAUGGGCCACGGGCUGGUGUCCAUCCCGAGACAGCUCAUCCGCAGCGCGAGCAUCAGUGGCCAGCUACGCCGCUUGCAGAGCCGCGCGCCGAACGCCUACGAGAAGAUGGAAGACGCGCUCGUCACCCUCCAGGAGAUUGAGCUCCAGGUCAGGGAGCUAGGCCGGCGAAAAACGGGCACCGCCAUGGACUUCCAGGACUGGAUCGAGGAGCUGCAAGACCUCGCCAACGUUCCACUCAAUCAACCGCCAUCCUCUAUCGCGUCUUUGACGUCGCACGACCGCAUCAUUCCUACGGUCAUCACCGAAAAAUACUUGGCCGACCUGACGCGAAAGCUCGUUCGCGCACGGCAUGCCCGGUCACGCUACGUGGAUGAGUGGGAUCGACUAGUGCACGAGGCGUCGGAAAUGCAGACGAUUCUCGACUCGGCGGCCUCCAAGAAACUGGACUUCGGUAGCGCUUCACCCAAUUCUGGAUUCUGGGAGACGACGACAAUGUUGACGCCGUACACCCGAUACCUCUGCUACUAUCACAUCUUUCCAUAUGCACGCUUGGGGCUGGGCUUUUUCCUGGCUGCAGCCUCCGCCUGCAUCGUAUGGUCCGAGUUCGUCAAGUUCCCCUUCCCAAUGCUCUCGGUUGUUCGUCUUAGCGUCAUUCAUCACUGGGUGGGAAAUAAGGCGCAGGUUGGCUUCGCUGGCCAGAUGAUCUCGGCCUUUUGGAUCUGCUAUAUGUGCGCCGCCGCUCUUACCUCCAUGACCGAGGUCAAGGUCUGGCGCGGGCGGGCGCUCGUCAAGCGCAACACGGCGCACGAGGCCGCAUUCUGGUACGCCACGCAGGUGGCCAAGCUCUGCGUACCGCUGUCGUACAACUUCUUGACGCUUCUCACGUCCGAGGUGUACAAGAAGACGACCUUUUACAAUUUUCUCGGCAGGCUGAUCAAUGUUACGGAUCUCGGACGGUGGUUCGAUAACCUCUUCCCCAUCGUCGUCCUGGUCCCUGUCGUCGCGACGCUCUUCGGCGUCUACGGCAAGGUCAAGCGAUUCUUCGUGGGCAUCGACAUCAUCGACGAGGAGGACGGCAACCCGUCCAAUUACGGCACCGGGUCCUGGCGCGAAGGUCGCGACUUGAUCGAGCGAGAGCUAGGCGGCAAUUCUCUGCUUCGGCGCCGCGAGGACGCCAUCGCCAGGCUCUCUGGCGCUGGUGCUGGUGGUGCUGGUGGCGGCAGCGCCGCCGGUCGCUCCGCUCCCGUCCUGUCUGUCCCCGCCGUGAGGGACUCGGCCGCCUCCCCUGCACGCUCCCCGGUGCGCUCCUCGACCAACCCGCGUCGCAACCUGGGCCAGGGCUCGGCGCGCGUGCCUUUCUCCGACGAGCCGCCCGAGGACGACAACAUCUUCCAGAUCAUCGGCCACCGCAUGAAGAACACCAUGGACACUAUCGAGACGCCAAAGUGGAUGCAAGACUUCGGCAGCGGCAUCAAGAAGCCCAAGUGGAUGGGCGGCGGCGGAGGUGGCGACGACAGCGGGGCUGCCGGCCAGGGCGGCGGCGGCGACAUCAGGAGGUGGUUCGGGGGUGGUGGUGGCGGUGGCAGCAACGGCGGUGGCGGUGGGCAGAUCCGUAUCUGA